GGCACAUCUUUCCAACAUGAAAAACUCAGACCCAUCUUCCAAGCCAGUCUUCUUCACUUACCCCGGCCAGGGAGAAGCAUUGUCCAACGGGUUCCACUACAGCCAAGCGGUCCGCAUUGGAAAUCGAAUCGAGAUAUCCGGCCAAGGUGGUUGGGACCCAGCCAGCGGAGCCAUCCCUUCCUCUCUCACCAAAGAAAUCGAGCAGGCAUUCUCCAACGUCGAGUUGGCUCUCCAGGCGGCAUCUCCCGACCCCAGCAAGAAGAUCACCUGGCGCCAGGUGUACUCGGCUCGCUCUUUCAACACGCCGGCCAGCUUGACAGAGGAAGGCCUUGCAGCUACCGCGGCCGCACUCAAGAAGUUCUGUGGACCAGACCAUCGGCCUCUUCUCACUGCUGUCGGAACACCACAACUUGCGCUCCCGGGAAUGAAUAUUGAGAUCGAGGUUGUGGCUUUGGUGGAUCUGAAUAACUAAACCAUGUGUCGGGCUCAGACAAGGUUCUUACUUGAGGAGGCGAAAUAGAAGAGUAU